GGUCCGCCCUCGCACGUUGUGGGCGGGGUUUCUUUAGGCCACCAGGCUUGUACUAGUGCGUGGAGAGCGAGGUCAGAGGCAGCGUGGAGCAACACAACACUAACAGGAGGCGGCUCCGACCCGGACCGUGACGCCAAACUUCUUCUGCAACAGGCUCCAGGAGACAUUACAGAGUUUGCUCCACGUCGUGACGUUGUUGUUUUUUGUUUUUUUUUUAAAUUAAAGUUGCGCAGAGAGCAGCGUCAUUUUUAACGCCGAUGACCUCACCGGGCUGCACAGGUGUGCUGACGGGCUAAUCUGUUCUGCCUCUUCAUGGAGUCGUCCUGGUCCCGGAGCUGCUGAUAUUUCCUGGACAACAACAUUAAUAAUGGAGCUCAACCGUGUUAACGCAGCUGGAGGCUGCGGGAGUCUGUCGUCGUCCUCCUCCGGGUCGCACACCUUGUCCGAGGGCGAGGAGGCUCCAGCUGCCCGGUGCGGUCUGGCUUCUGAAGCCGGAGACGAGAGUCACAGCUCGGACACAGACAGUGUCAACGAGGCGGAGGACGAUGGAAACACACGGCGGGAGGAGGAAGCAGCAGCAGGGGAGGAAGAGUGUGAGGAGGACGAGAAGUUGGACCACAUCCUCUGCCCUCCCUCCUUGUCCUUCAAGAAGUCCAGUAACCCAGAGAUAACUCACGGGUUAAGUCCUGCUCUCAAAUUUAAACGACAUCUUAGUGAAGAUGGAAGAAAUGUGCGAAGAAGGAGCCUUGGGGGCGGUCUCACAGGAAAGUAUCUUCUGCUACCCACAAACCCCCAGCAGACACAAACAGCAUGGCAGCCGUCGUCCGAGAUCUCUAACCUGGUCCGCAUGUGCUCCCUGAAUCUCGGAAAGUCAGACCCCUCCCUUACCUCAAGCCUGAAAGAGCUGAGUCUACCUAGAAGAGGCAGUUUCUGCAGAACGAGCAACAGAAAAAGCCUGAUAGGAAGCGGUCAGUCCUCAGGUUUACCAAGACCUCACUCACCUCUCUCAUCUCUUACAGGAACAAGCCCACAAGACAGUCCUAGAAACUUCUCCCCGAGUGCCUCUGCUCAUUUUUCCUUUGCACGAAGGACUGACGGUCGUCGCUGGUCUUUGGCCUCCCUUCCAUCCUCUGGAUAUGGAACCAACACACCCAGCUCCACUGUCUCUUCAUCCUGUUCAUCACAGGAGAAGCUGCACCAGCUGCCCUUCCAGCCUACGCCCGAUGAACUGCACUUCCUCUCCAAGCACUUCUGCACUGAGAGCAUCUCCGGGGAUGAAUGCCGCAGAGCGACAGCAAUGCGACCCCGCUCACGCAGUCUCAGCCCUGGAAGAUCUCCAUCGUGUUACGACCAUGAGAUUAUUAUGAUGAAUCACGUCUACAAGGAGCGGUUUCCUAAGGCCACAGCUCAGAUGGAGGAAAGGAUUCAGGAUAUCAUCCGCAGCAACUCUCCAGAGAGCGUCCUCCCUUUGGCAGAUGGCGUGCUCGGCUUUGCCCACCACCAGAUAAUUGAGCUGGCCCGUGACUGUCUGGAGAAGAGCCGGCUCGGACUCAUCACCUCCAGCUACUUCUGCGAACUCACUGACAAACUGGAGAGGCUUGUUAUGGAGUCCACAGAGAGGUCAGACAGCGAGGAGGUAAACUUCAUCAGAGAGCUGGCGAAGAAGAUCCUCAUCAUCAUUGCCAGACCUGCUCGGUUGCUGGAAUGUCUGGAGUUUGACCCAGAGGAAUUUUACCACCUUUUGGAGGCUGCAGAGGGGCACGCUAAAGAGGGCCAGGGCAUCAAAACAGACAUCCCGCGGUACAUCAUCAGUCAGCUGGGACUCACACGAGAUCCACUGGAAGAAAUUGCUCAGCUGACCAGCUGUGACAGCGGGAUUGCAGAAACCCCAGAAACAGACGACUCUUGUCAGAGCCUGAGCACAGCCUUGCGGACACGGAGAAAACCCUGUGAAUUGGACUUCGAGAUGACAAAACUCAUCAGCAAUGGUGCCUAUGGAGCUGUUUAUCUGGUUCGGCACAAGGAAACCAAGCAGCGCUUUGCCAUGAAAAAGAUCAACAAGCAGAACCUGAUAUUGAGGAACCAGAUACAACAGGCCUUUGUGGAAAGAGACAUCCUAACCUUUGCUGAGAACCCAUUUGUAGUGUCCAUGUACUGCUCCUUUGAGACUCGCCGGCACCUGUGCAUGGUCAUGGAAUAUGUGGAAGGGGGAGACUGCGCCACCCUUUUGAAGAACAUGGGUCCUCUGCCUGUGGAUAUGGCCAGGAUGUACUUUGCAGAGACGGUGCUGGCUCUGGAGUAUCUGCACAACUAUGGCAUUGUCCACCGGGACCUAAAACCAGACAAUUUGCUGGUGACCUCGAUGGGCCACAUUAAGCUCACAGAUUUUGGGUUGUCUAAAGUUGGGCUGAUGAACAUGACCACUAACCUGUAUGAGGGACAUAUAGAGAAAGAUGCCAGAGAGUUCUCCGAUAAGCAGGUUUGUGGAACACCUGAAUAUAUUGCUCCUGAGGUGAUCCUGAGACAAGGUUAUGGGAAGCCGGUGGACUGGUGGGCGAUGGGAAUCAUCCUCUACGAGUUCCUCGUGGGGUGUGUGCCUUUUUUUGGAGACACGCCAGAGGAGCUGUUUGGACAGGUCAUCAGCGAUGAGAUUAACUGGCCUGAAGGAGAGGAUUCUCCACCUCUGGACGCUCAGGAGCUCAUUACCCUGCUGCUCAGACAGAUCCCUUUGGAACGGAUGGGAGCAGGUGGAGCUGCUGAAGUCAAGCAGCAUCAGUUUUUCCACAACCUGGACUGGAACGGGCUGCUGAGGCAGAAGGCUGAGUUCAUCCCUCAGCUGGAGUCUGAAGAUGACACCAGCUAUUUUGACACUCGCUCUGAGAGAUACCAUCACCUUGAGACAGAGGAAGAGGAUACAAACGAUGAAGACUUCAAUGUGGAGCUGCGACAGUUCUCCUCCUGUUCUCACAGAUUCUCGAAGGUUUACAGCAGCCUGGAUCUGUCUCGUGGGCACCUGGAGGAAAAAGGAGAGACGGAGGAGAAGAAGAGUGAGAGCCCACUGACUGUGGACUCUCCCAGCUGGACGCCAGACUUUAAUGAAAUGCCUUCAUUGUCCCACUCGACAGACACGGACAAUAUGAAUCAAGGCCCCCGCAACAGCUUGCUGCCAAAGUUUGCCAUCUCCGCUGAGAGUGAAGGAGAUGAGACCUCAGGCCUCGGUGACCCCAGCAAGACCUCCUUCUCCAUCGGAGAGCUGCCGCAAGAUGAGCCUGAUGUUACAACUCCAGGCAGCACCCACAGUGGAGCCACACUCUCUGGUAGCUUCUCAGAACAUCUGGACCAGCUGACACCCAGAGGUGAAGAGAUGAUGAGCCCCGACUGUUCCAGUCAAACCUCCGCAGACCAGGGUGCUCAGAGCAGCUCUCUGCGGCCUGAGAGCGCUGCAGAGAAGACCGGAGCUGUGGCUAAAGUCCCGAAGUCUGUGUCAACUGGGACCCUCUCUCUGAUGAUCCCUGGAGAUAUCUUCGGGGUGUCUCCGCUGGCCAGCCCCCUGUCCCCUUACUCCCUCUCAUCAGACCUGUCCUCACGAGACUCCUCUCCCAGCCGAGACUCCUCCCUCUGUACCAACCCACGGCAGCCCAUCGUCAUCCACAGCUCUGGGAAGAAGUUUGGCUUCACGCUGAGGGCAAUUCGGGUGUAUGCCUGUGACGGGGACAUCUACACUGUCUAUCACAUGGUCUGGAAUGUAGAGGACGGUGGACCUGCACAUAAAGCUGGACUUAAAGCUGGAGACCUCAUUACUCAUGUCAACGGAGAACCAGUCCACGGUCUGGUCCACACUGAAGUGGUGGAGCUCCUCCUCAAGAGUGGUAGUAAAGUGGCCAUCUCCACAACCCCCUUUGAAAACACGUCAAUAAAAACGGGUCCAGCUCGGAGGAACAGCUACAGAAGCAAGAUGGUCAGAUGUGCCAAGAAACCCAAGAAGGAGAAAACACCAGAAAGGCGUCGCUCCCUGUUCAGGCGUUUUGCCAUGCAGCCCUCUCCUCUCCUGCAUACAAGCCGCAGUUUCUCUUCUCUCAACCAUUCUCUGUCAUCUGGUGAGAGUCUCCCCGGCUCCCCCACCCACAGUCUCUCCCCUCGCUCCCCUACCGCUGCCCUCCGCCCCACACCAGAUUUCACCCAGUCAGGUGGCAACUCCUCCCAGAGCAGCUCUCCCAGCUCCAGCGCUCCCAACUCCCCGGCAGGCUCCGGCCACAUUCGUCCCAGCACGCUCCACGGCCUUGGCCCCAAGCUGCCGGGUCAGCGGCUCCGCCAGGGGCGCCGCAAGUCUGCUGGUAGCAUUCCUCUUUCUCCUUUGGCUCGCACACCUUCACCCACCCCACAGCCGACAUCACCUCAGCGCUCACCCUCUCCCCUUCUCAGUGGACAUUCUGUUGCCAUUUCCAAGACAACUCAAGCUUUCCCUGCCAAAAUACAUUCCCCACCCACAAUUGUGCGCCACAUUGUACGCCCCAAAAGUGCUGAGCCGCCUCGGUCACCCCUGCUAAAACGAGUCCAGUCUGAGGAGAAGCUGUCCCCCUCUUACACAGGAGACAAGAAGCACCUGUGUCCCAGAAAACACAGCCUGGAAGUGACCCAAGAAGAGGUGCAGGAUGAGGAGCUGAGGCCUGGGGAGCGGGAUUACACCAUCCUGCAGAGUGUGGAAGAAACUGCCUGCGAGCCACAAGCAAUGACCCGUGUACGGCCUGUUGAGCAGGGCUGCUUAAAGAGACCAAACUGCCGCAAGAUGGGCUGGCAGGAGUCAGUAGAGGAGCUCGACAAGGAAAAACUGAAGUCCAAGAUGGUUGUGAAGAGACAGGAGUGGUCGGAGAGGAGGGAGUCACUACAGAAGCAAGAUGCCCUGCGAGAAUCUGACUCAUCCCCCUUGUGUGGCGAUGACAGGGAUGAAAGUUGUAUGGGCCGAGUUCAAAACAAAUCUCAGAGCACAGAGUGUUGCCCACCGGAAGCUAAAGCUGCCAGCACCACCCUUAAAGAUGUUCUAUAUAAGAAACUCAGCACACGAGUCUCUGAGGGCAUCACUGAACCAUCUGGUGGCUGCAGUGAAAACGAGGGAGGACUCCGAACGUCUCUCUGCUCUAUUCACCCAGAGUGGCAGCACUGCAGGCUUGGUAAAGACAAUAUGAAGCCAGACAGACUGGACUUUAAAGCUCCCAAUAUCGAGUUCACAAGGAAGAGAUUGUCAUUCGAAGACCGAGAAGAUUGCAUCUGUCGACUCUCUGCCGGCAUCCAUGACAACCUCCACUUUGGUUCCACCCGGUCAAAGAGCCUCCAGCUGGACACAGCCAUGUCUCACGAUCACAUGAAGGCAGGAUUGGGCAGUGUCCACUCCAGCCCUGAUGGUCUCACCCCAAAGCUGUUUUCCGGUAGAGGAGAGAGCGCUGUGGAAAAACUGCAGCUCAUCUCCUCGGGAGAGUCUCCCCUCCGAAAGACAUCGUCUGAAUAUAAACUUGAAGGACGCCAUGUCUCCUCUCUCAAACCUCUAGAGGGCACCCUGGAUAUUGGCCUGCUCUCUGGGCCAAGAGUCUCCAAAACAGAAACUUGUUUAUCCAAGAUGACAGAGAACACAAGCGACUCUGUUCUUGCAAGUCCUCCAAUUUGGCUCCAGAGCCCCACUGAGAGACAGUUAACCAUUCCCCAGUUGAAAACUGCAGACAAGCUGAAGAGCCCCCUGACAUGUUCCCCGAGCCCUGAAGCUGUUUCUUCUCUAAAUAGCAUAGUUGUAUCCAAAGAGCAUUUGAAUAAUACCCCCUCCGAGGUUAAAACAAGCAGAAGUGAUGAGAAAACACAUGACAGACACAGUGACUUAUUAAAGACUCCAACCACCAAAGUGGAGGCCUCAACAUUUACAAUUAAACAAGAGAGCAGGGCUGGUAUGAAGGCCACUUCGUCACUGGCUCACGAACACAGAGGCCCUCGGCACAGCUCCCACUUCUCCUCCUGUGGAAAAACACCGUCCAUACGGGAAGUCAGCAAUGAAGAUCAGGAGGAUGAAGUGGAGCAGCAGGAGGUCACAGCACACACAGUGACACAAAGUAGUGCCAGCUCCAAGACAGUUGUCUCUUUCACUUCAGCAAAGACAGAGGUAAAAAGCUCCCCUGCCCUUGCACAAGUGGAGACUCCAGCUGCAGCUGCCAAUUACGCGUCCCUGGUCUCACUGAAGCCGAGUAUAAACUCUGGUGUGGAUACAGGUCAGCGUCAGGGCUGCGAGAAACAACCAGAAAAAACUACUCGACACGUAACCUCUGCUUCGAUGGUUAAUAUACAGAACAACCCCGCAUCUGCACACGUUCCAGAGAAUGCGCUUUCAAAACUGCAACCUCCGAACAUCUGCUCAUCAAAUCCAGAACCUCAGGUUUCUAUCACAACAUCUGCAUUCACUUCUGCUUCUGCACAUGACAAGAAAUCCUGCGGUUUGAAACCAGAAGCACAGGACAGCUGCGAGAGAGCCGUUAGUCAUGACGCUGUGCAGUCUGUGAAAGUGUUCGCUAAUACAGGAAGCUCAGGCUCUAAGAAUGAAAUCAACAGAUGUGCCACGGUUUCAAAAGGGUUGCUUAAGAGAGACGUUCCUGCAGUAAACACCUCAUCACAAAACGUUGCAGAAGUCCCACUGAGCCUGAAUAAAAAGGAUAACACUGUGUUUGUUGGUCAAAGGGAGAGCAACAGCACGUCACUGCAGAAGAAAGACGAUCCUGUACCAGCAAAGAUAAAGAACGUGAAAAAUUCAGAGCAGAUUUCUAAAAACUGUCCAGCUGUAAAAACACUAACCAAAUCAUCUGAGUCAGAGCAUGGCACCUUUAAAAAAGAGAACACUGUUGUCACUGUGAAAGAAAACACUGCGUUUCUUUCAACGAAACCAAAAGUUUCCGCUUCAGCAACUGCAACUGGGCCGCAACCUGCUCCACACGGCGCUGUGAAGACAGAGAGGGAGUCGAAACCACUUGAAGUGAAAUCUCACAGUGUAGCUCUUCCUCUCUCACUCGUAAAGGUCAGUCCAAAUUCAAAACAGAGACAUCUGUCUAAAGAGUCUGCGCUGUCGACUGCAAACGUUCAAAUAACCCAUGACGCUAAACGGAAAGACGCCUCGCUGCCGUCUGCCGGAGCUGACGUGAAGCGGGAGGAAUCGGCGCAGCUGACACAUUCUUCCAUUGCCUCUGACAUGAAGCAAAGAGAGACCCAGCCCAAAAGCUCUGUAGCAACCACAGCUGUUAUAGGAAAAGAAAACACUGACUUGAAGCCAAAACCUCUCCCUCAGAAAACUGUCCCUUCAUCAGCGACUCUUAAGACUUCUCUGGCUUCGGCCCAGUUUGUGAAACAAAGUCUUGAUGCCACACAUAAAGACCCCUCACCCAAAUACCAAGCGCCAGUGGUUAUAGACCAUCACGACUCAAAACCAAAAGACGUUAACUCCCCUCAUGCUGCUCCUCCACAUCAGCAGCAGCAGCUCAGGCCACUGUUGGAUGUUUCUACUCAGCCUGUGCUGCCAAAACCCGCUGUGAAGAAAGAAACGCCUUCACAAAGCAGCGGAGCCGCCUCAUCCAGGCUCCCCACAUGUGCAGCCCAGGAGACGGUAGCUAAGAUAUCCAAAGCUGACGCGCUCAAACCAGACAGUCACAAGGGCCCGGACACCAAAACCACCACCCCUGACAAACUGGCCUCCUCCAGCCGCAGGGAGCUGGCUGACAGGAAGAAAAAAGAAAUGGCUCAGGAUGUCGCGUCCGUACAGAAAAACACAAAACGAGACGCAUCCAGAGCCGCUGCUGCCGCACAGAAAGACAGUUCAGACAAAGAUGGCGGCAGGUGCAAGCAGCAGAAGGAGUCGCCACGUAGCUCCAGCAACAAAAAGUAAAGAGCAAGGAGCUGACGCCGUCAGCUCACAGAAUCCAGAUGUAAUAAAAUGUUAGAAACGGUUUGUACAAACGUCAUCAUGCCUUUGUUUUUUGGUUGUUUUUUGUAGGACCGGGCAAGCUGUUCCGCGCUGAUAAAGAGGCGGAUGCGUCUUAUGAGAUAUGACAACAUAUGUAAAUGUUUAGAGUUCUGAAUGUCACCGAUCAUUUCUGGUGUUUUCUGAAUUUAGUCACUUUUAAGCGAAUGUUUGGAAGUUGGUGUUCGUCGCAGAAUGCUUCGUGCAAUCAGUCUGUCAGAGGCCAUAUAGAGGAGCCGUACAGAGGUUAAGACGUACUGUAGUCAGUGCCAUAAAUGAUUUUGAAUUGCACUCUUACUUCGAGACCUGAAGGACCUGAUGUUGAACUUGUUUUAAUGCAGUAGACCACAUGAUUUUGCUCAGCAGUUAUAUAAAUGUAUCACGUGUCUGUUUGGUAAAACCAGACACUUUUAAAGUUUUGUGCAGCGGUACUCAGAGGUGAUGCCUGUGCUUUUCACCUAAUACUUAAAAAAUAAAAAACACAGAAUAAUCUCAGAAAUCAUGAAUUAGUGUAGGGGCCUUAGAAUUAUGGGAAAUCAAAUGUGCUGUUCUUAGCAAGAUGUGGUGUUUAUUCACAUUCCUCUGACAUCUGUACAUAUAGUUUUGAUUUUUAUGCAAUAUGGUGAAAAUAUAUGAUAACACUGUAAAACUGGGAUACAUGGGCUUUCAUGAUUGUUGUUUGUAUCAUAUGUAUAGAUUUUUGCAGUGUCAUGUUUGUAUUUAGAGUAUCCGCUCGAUAACUAAGCUAACGUGAUGUAUCCCAUCAGAGGCACCCUCCUCCUGACAUGUUCCAAAAUUCACUUGAAGACACAUAAGAAAAGGCACGAGGGGGUCACUGGGCUAUUUCAAAAAAAAUGUAGCAUUAUUAUAAGAAAACUGUGAGGGCUGUCUGCGUUUCCCAGGAAUGUCUUUACCGCUGAUGGCGUGAUCGCUGCCUGCAGCAGCUUGUAGAAUGACGACUGUAAAAUAUGAAAUAUUGUGUCUGAUAAAUGAGACGAACCCGCAGCUCCGCACACGUUCGCCAACGGUUUCUGCAGUCAAGUGUUUUGUUUUCCACAGUCUCUGGGCAUCAUCAGUCGUUACAUCUGUGUAGCGUGAGAUCAGCUCAAUGGCGAGUAAGAGCGAGUUCCCAGAGUGCUUCACUGUCGAUGUUUCAAAGAGCUUUGAUGUCAGGCUUCAGUCAGUGUUGUUAAAAAUGUCGUGUUUGUGUUUCAGACUCUUCGUAAUGAGCAGAAGAUUUUAUAUAAGGAAUCCUGAUUAUUUGCAUAGUUCAUAUCCGCAACAUUCAUUUGAUGUUAAUGUGCAAAUACUUGGUACUAUACACAUAGGCCGUCAUAUAUCAGCAUUCACUUUCUGCAAUUUACACACGUUUCUGUAGAUGCCUUUACAUUACAAACCCUGAAUAAAUGACAUCCAGAAAGUAGUCUAGGACACUAAGUAUGUAAUGCAGUAUUUGCUCUGUCGUGUUGGCUAUAUAAUAACAAUAACCUAUACUCAAUGUUGACAAGUCAAAGAGAAAAUACUUCAUUUAACAUGACACAGAAUAUAGUUUAUCUGCAUCCGAGAAUGACACGUGAGGUAGCAGAGACUUCAACGCUGAAAGAAUCUGAUGUGUACCUGCACUAGAUCUUAUAAGUGUAUUGCUAAUGUAUUGUGAAUAAAGGAUAAAUGCACCUUAAUGUUUGCCAGUCGUCAGUCCAGAAGGUGAGUAAAGACGACAAUUGGAACUGAAACCUGUUUAUGGAUUCCCCACUGAAACGAAUCACUAACUUUUAUUUGAACAAUUAAACAUGCAGGUUUUCCUUAUUUUCUGUGACGACUGAUAUUUAAAAUCCUCGAAGCACAUUCAAUGUUUGUUUACAAAGCAUCAUGGAUGUAUAUUUUGUAUAUUGUUGAUUUGCCAAAUCUCUGUUCUGUGUCACAGAUGAUGUUGUUUAUAGUAGUGUGAGACUUUGCUCCCCUGCCACCACCGAUUGUUAUGAGAACAUUUGUUUGUGCCGUAAUCAAUGUCUUUUUCUCACGUCAGGUUCCUCUUUGUCUGCUCGUCUCCUCGGUUGUCUUUUGUUUUUUUCCUCCUCUGUGCAACACUAGUAUUAGAUGAACUCGCUUACAUUGGUUUGUCUUUUAGAACAUGUGCAAUAAAAGUGUUUUGAGUUUUGUAUUUUGCUCAAGGAAAGCUCUAUGGAUGUCAUAGAUGUUGUAUAUUAAAACAGAUAUUUAUACUUCUAAUGUUGCGUAAUACUGAAAAUAAAAUGGAAUUAU